AUGACAAAGCUAAGUCGAUGGUUGUCGCUCGUGAGCUUCGUGCUUGUGAGUCUUUGCGCGACAGUAAUCGAAGCUGUAACUGAGUAUUUGUCUUAUUCAGCUGCUGAAGCCAUUCCAGCUAGAUGUUACGGCGUAUACGCCAAGUCAGCUAUACCGCAUGGUGUCGAUCCUUUUAUUUCAGUAAACGUUCAACCACUUUCAAACGCAACGAAAGAAACAAGCGUAGCGUUCGCAUUGUUCGAAUGGCAUGAUAUAACAAAGAUUGGUCAUUCGCAUGGUGAUGGGGGCACAUCCUACAUAUGUGACGAUACGGAAGUUGAGUUGAAGGAUUGCUCAGAGUCUCAAAAAGGCGAAUUUCUCGUAACUGGAGACGACAAGGGUUCGAUCGACACAUUCCGUCUUGACUUUAACGCGAGCGAUAAGAAAGGGACCAAUUUAUCGCACAAAUACGAAAUACAAAAGACUGGAUAUUACUGUAUGUUGGCAUAUUUCUCGGACGAAAAUUUCAUGGCUCGUGUAGAAUGGAAGAACCCAUAUGGAGAACUGCCUGGAAGCGAUUAUCCGAAGCUACCGUUUUAUGGUUUACUGUCCUUGGUUUAUUUGGCGAUCGGAGUAGUCUGGAUGAUUUUGAGUAUUCUUCAUUGGCGUGAAAUUCUGCCAGUACAA